AUGGCAGCGGGCAUCGGGGAGGCCGAGCAGGGUCAGCCAUCGCCUCCGCCGCCGCAGCCACAGCCGCCGGACAUGGCCGAGGCCGGGGGUGCAACGGCGGCCCCCGUGGACGACGGGUUUCUGGACCUGGACUCUCCCACCUACGUCCUGUACCGAGACAGAGCAGAAUGGGCUGAUAUAGAUCCCGUGCCGCAGAACGAUGGCCCUAAUCCAGAGGUCCAGAUCAUUUAUAGUGAAAAAUUGAGAGAUGUUUAUGAUUAUUUCCGAGCUGUUCUGCAGCGUGAUGAAAGAAGUGAAAGUGCUUUUGAACUAACCAGAGAUGCUAUUGAGUUCAAUGCAGCCAAUUACAAGUUGUGGCAUUUUCGGAGAGUUCUUCUAAAGUCACUCCAAAAGGAUCUACAUGAGGAAAUGAAUUACAUUACUGCAAUAAUUGAGGAGCAACCCCAAAACUAUGAAGUUUGGCAUCAUAGGCGUGUGUUAGUGGAGUGGCUAAAAGAUCCAUCCCAGGAGCUUGAAUUUGUUGCUGACUUUCUAAACCAGGAUGCAAAGAAUUACCAUGCCUGGCAACAUCGACAGUGGAUUAUUCAGGAAUUUAAACUUCGGGACAAUGAGCUACAAUAUGUAGAGCAACUUCUCAAAGAGGAUCUGAGAAAUAACUCAGUCUGGAACCAAAGAUACUUCAUGAUUUCUAACACCACUGGCUAUGUGAACAGCAGUGCUGUCUUGGAGAGAGAGGUGCAGUACACUCUGGAAAUGAUCAAACUAGUACCACAUAAUGAACAUAAUGAAAGUGCAUGGAACUUUUUGAAAGGGAUUUUGCAGGAUCUUGGUCUUUCCAAAUAUCCCAAUUUAUUAAAUCAGCUACUUGAUUUACAACCAAGUCACAGUUCCCCCUACUUAAUUGCCUUUCUUGUGGAUAUCUAUGAAGACAUGCUAGAGAACCAAUGUGACAACAAGGAGAACGUUCUUGCUAAAGCCCUAGAGUUAUGUGAAAUUCUAGCAAAAGAAAAGGAUACUAUAAGAAAGGAAUAUUGGAGAUAUAUUGGAAGAUCUCUUCAAAGCAAACUCAGCACAGAAAACAAACCUCCAGCAAAUGUUCAGCAAUAACACCAUCCAGAAGAAUUUGAUGGAUGCUUUUACUUUUUUUUAAAAGACUCUAAAGUAAGAGUUUAAAACUAGGGUGGUCACUCCCUUUGUGGUAUAAACAUGAAUCACAAAGGUAAUUGCUUUCUCACAAGAACUAAGUUAUGUUCUUUGGGUGUUGCUGCUGUUCAGACUAGUUCUAAGUAAUUCAGUUUUUCAAAGCAACGUAGUUCAGGGGAG